AUGAACCAAGACGCUAAGAAAAUCGCGAACAGCCUCUACGGAAGAGUAAACGCGCCGCCUGUCGAAAGAUGUCGAGUUAACUUUUGCACAGACUUAGAAAAGUCAGUUUUGAUGAGCAACUUCGAGAGGCGGGCAUGGAACCAAGUUGGACCCGACGAUGAAUGGAACUUCUACUGGGCCUCUACGCAGACGUGCCGGAACUUGUUCAGCGUUGAGAGCGGAUACCGGAUGAAUGACAACCAAAUAAUAAAUCACUUCCCAAACCACUACGAACUGUCGCGCAAAGACUUGCUUGUGAAAAAUAUAAAGCGAUACAGAAAAGAGCUCGAAAGGGAAGGCAAUCCUUUGGCUGAGAAAGCCGAGGUCGCCAUGCACGGAGGUCAAGUGGUAACUCGGUACGUUCAUCUAGACUUCGUACCUGUUACGUUUGUGCUGCCCGCCGACUACAACAUGUUUGUCGAGGAAUAUCGUAAAUCACCGCAAAGCACCUGGAUCAUGAAGCCGUGUGGAAAAUCUCAGGGAACGGGAAUUUUUCUCAUAAACAAGCUAUCUAAAUUGAAGAAAUGGUCGCGUGAAGCUAAAACGCCGUUCCACCCACAAUUAAGUAAAGAAAGUUACGUUAUAUCGCGUUACAUAGACAAUCCCUUACUAAUAGGGGGCAAAAAGUUUGACCUGAGACUUUACGUGUUGGUUACUUCUUUCCGACCUCUGAAGGCUUAUCUUUUCCAACUCGGCUUUUGUAGGUUUUGUACGGUGAAGUACGACACCAGUGUUACGGAGUUAGAUAAUAUGUACGUACAUCUAACUAACGUCAGUGUGCAGAAACAUGGCGGCGAUUAUAAUAAUAUACAUGGAGGGAAGAUGACGGUGCAGAAUCUACGCUUGUAUUUAGAGGGAACGCAAGGCAGAGCGGUCACUGAGAAAUUGUUUGCGGCGAUGCAAUGGUUGAUAGUGCAUUCUUUGAAGGCUGUUUCCUCUGUGAUGGCGAAUGAUAGACAUUGUUUUGAGUGUUAUGGCUAUGACAUUAUAAUUGACAAUCAAUUGAAGCCGUGGUUAGUUGAAGUGAACGCGUCUCCUUCACUUACAUCAACAACUGUUAACGACAGGAUAUUGAAAUACAAGUUGAUAGAUAACAUCUUAUCUGUUGUGUUGCCUCCUGACGGUGUACCGGACGUACGAUGGAACAAAAUACCGAAUGCUGAAGCUCUUGGUAAUUUUGACCUUCUUAUCGACGAAGAGUUGUUAGAGAAAGAAGAGUCAUCGUCGCACGGUCGUGCAGUGAAAACAAAGUAUAAGUGA